AUGUCCAUGAUUAUGCAGCAACUCAACCACCUCAUAAUUGUUUGUUGUCAUGCCAUCUAUGCUGGAGGCCCAAAACACGGAUUAUCCGAAGACGAAUGGUUUAUUGAGUCUUUUCAGAAGGGAGAGACUCCGACUUUUGUUAGUCAUGCGAAGGCUGGACUGAAAGCAUUGUCAGAGGAUCCUCGAGCAUUGCUUGUCUUCUCGGGGGGCGCAACAAAGAAGUCGAGAACAGACUUCAGUGAGGGACAAUCGUAUCUUAAACUCGCUCAAGAGAACAACUAUUUUCACGACCCGGUAGCAAUCACGAAGGCUUACACAUCAAGGAUCAUAGCAGAGGACCUCGCUACUGAUUCCUAUCAAAAUGUACUGUUUUCGCUACUGCGCUUUCGAUUAGACACUGGAGUCUACCCGCAACGCGUUACCGUCGUGACCCAUGAGUUCAAGAGGGCCCGUUUCAUGGAGUGCCAUUUUCCUGCCUUGGGAUUGCUUCCUCGAAUCAACGGCAGACAUGCAGAAACUAGUGCGGUUUCUGUGAUUGGGAUAAACCCGCCAGAGGAAGUCACUCCCCUGGAAUCAUUGGUGCGUGGUGAAGCGGGCAAAGGCAUUGGGCUCUGGAGACAAGAUUUAUAUGGAGUUGGCGAGGACUUGGCCGGCAAGCGACAUCAGAGAGGCUGGAAUUCGGGAAUGGAAACUGAAGCCUUCGUCAAUGUCGGCCUUGAAGAGGUCGUCGAGCAAUUGGCUUGCUGGCAUGGCGGGGCCGGUAAUGAAUGGUUCCCAAGGAUGGAAGAACUGCCCUGGUUCUAC